GGAGGCAAUACAGACCAGUGAUGGAGAUGUGGGUGAUAUCAGUGCUUUUACUGCUAAUGGCUCUCGGUGAUGCCGAGGACUCGGGAUGUCCAGAGGUAAAGAUUGUUGGAGUUGGAGAUUCAGAUAAACUCACCAUCCUCAGAGGAUGUCCUGGAACUCAUGGAUUUCCUGGCCAAAAAGGAGAAAAUGGGGCACCAGGAGAGAAAGGAGAGAGGGGGCCCUCUGGAGUACCUGGGAAGCUGGGACCACCAGGGCAAACAGGUGGUAAGGGAAAUUCUGGUGUCAAAGGGGAGCCAGGAGUCCAGGGAAUAAAAGGUCAAAAAGGAGAAAAAGGAGCUCAAGCCGAUUCAGAAUAUGGCGAGGCAAAGAACUGUAAGGAACUCCUACAUAAAGGAUUUACUAUGAGUGGCUGGUUCACAAUAUUCCCAGAUGGACAAAAGCCAUUGAAAGUUCUGUGUGAUAUGCACACCGAUGGAGGAGGCUGGAUUGUUUUCCAAAGACGUAUGGAUGGCUCUGUUGAUUUCUAUCGAGACUGGAAGUCUUACAAGGCAGGUUUUGGGAGCUACCUGACGGAGUUUUGGUUAGGAAAUGACAAAAUUCACCAAUUAACAUCUUCAGGUCAAUGGGAACUCCGGGUGGACUUUCAAGACUUUGACUUAGUGAGAUCAUUUGCUAAAUACAGCUCCUUCAAAAUUCUGGGAGAGUCUGAGAAGUACAAGCUGGAAUUGGGGAGUUUUACAAGCGGUGAUGCAGGGGACUCAAUGAAACAUCACAAUGGGAUGAAGUUCUCCACCACUGACCAGGACAAUGAUGCAGACCAAAAUAACCAUUGUGUCAAUCUCUAUAAAGGACCUUGGUGGCACGUUGCAUGUCAUACUGCCAAUCUGAAUGGACAAUACCUGCAGGGAAACCACAAUACCUUUGCUGAUGGUAUUAACUGGCAAGAUGGCAAGGGCUACAACUACUCAUACAAACAGUGUGCAAUGAAAAUCAGACCUGUGUAA